AUGAUCAGGGCCCAAGCCCGGGUGACGCGGGUCCGGUUCGGGAGCGGGCAGGCGCCCCGCGGCCUUUCCCGGGGGCGGCGCGGCCCAGGCGGAGCUGUGGCGCGGCGGGGUCCCGGAGAGACGGGCGCGGUCACUGGGCUCGGCGGGGUCCCGGGAGAGACGGGCGCGGUCACUGGGCCCGGCGGGGUCCCGGGAGAGACGGGCGCGGUCACUGGGCGCGGCGGGGUCCCGGGAGAGACGGGCGCGGUCACUGGGCCCGGCGGGGUCCCGGGAGAGACGGGCGCGGUCACUGGGCCCGGCGGGGUCCCGGGAGAGACGGGCGCGGUCACUGGGCUCGGCGGGGUCCCGGGAGAGACGGGCGCGGUCACUGGGCUCGGCGGGGUCCCGGAGAGACGGGCGCGGUCACUGGGCUCGGCGGGAGCCGGGCUCAGCUGCCCGGCCGGGUGCUCGGGGCUGGCUGCCGGCAGAGCUGCCGGGGCCCCCCGGCCGUUCCCGGCCGCAGCGUGCGCUUGCGGAGAGCCUUGGGUGCGUGCGGCGAGGACGGGGCGCUGCGAGCUCGGCCCGGGGCAGUGCGGGCUCUCCCAGCUCGGGGCUGGGCCGGGCUGCGCUUCCCAGCCGCGGGAAGAGAAGGGAGCCGGGAGGUGCCGUGGAACUGCCAGCCUACGCAAGGGCUCUCCAAGCGCAUGGGCAGGAGUGCGGCUGCAGAGAAGCUGUGCAGCCCGGCGCUGCUGCCCUGAACCGGGGUCUCGCAGGGGAUGGGGCAGUCGCAGCCGCCGCGUGAUUCCCGUGAAAUUCGGCACGCCUGGGAAGGGCUUCCCGAGCGUCCCUGUCUCCAGGGCAGCUGUGCCCUGUGCAGAGGCCCUGCCUGGGCAGCCCGGCUCGGCACGGCUCGGCCCCCGCUCCCAGGCUGGAAGGGGCAGGUGGGGCCUGAGGGCACGGCACGGCAGGGAGAGGAGGCAAAGCCUCUGCACCGGCCCUGGGCCCGGCCUGCCCAGGGGAAGCUUCUGAGGGACACCGCGGGCUCCUGUGUGCCUGGAACGCUGCGGCUGCCGGGGCUCAGGGGGUGCCCUGGCCCCUGCAGCGCUGUGAGGAAAGGGGCAGGUCAGGGCCACAGGGUGGGCUGCACUCCUUCAAGGCAGCUCUUGUUUUCAGCACUGCGUUUUGCUGCCUGCAGGGACCUGUGGUGUGCACUGGGAGCUCUUGCUGGGGCAAGAGCUUUGUCUUCCCAGAGGCAAAGCUGCAGCCUCUUCCUCACCAGGGACUGUCUCCGUGCAGGGAACAGCGCAGGGGACCGGCCGAGGGGCUCAGCCUGGCACACGGCCCCAGCAGCAGCUGCCCUGGGCACGCUGGCACGGGAGGGUGAGCCCCGGUGAGGAGCACGGCCCCAGCGUGGCACCAGGAGAGGCUGGCACGGGAGGGUGAGGCCAGGUGAGUGCUCUGACCCGGGCAGCUUUGGGGAAGGUUGCAGGAUCUGGCAGGAAGGACGGAAUGCCCCAGUGCACAGGACCUGAGGAGGUCGUGCCGGGCUGUGGCUGAGGAGAACGUGCUCUGCUGGUGGUGCUGGCCCUGCUUGGGCCACUGGGCUGGCAGCAGGCUGCAGCAGGGCCAGGGUUGUGGCUGUGCCCUGCCUCUGCAUGGCGCUUGGCUGUUCCUUGGGAAGAAAGUGGUGUGCUCGUGGUUUCUGUCCUGUUGUGGUGUGGUUUGGGGCUGCAUUGGCUGCAGGGAGCCAGGACAGGACCUGGGGGUGGGAUUCAGCUGUGCCUGACGUGUGUGGGAGCUGUGGCUGUGAGGGGAGCUGAGAGCAGGUGCUGCAGCACAGCUGCCCGAGGGUGGCUUCUCCCCACAGCAUCAGCAGCCACCCUGUGCUGCUGCUGGUUUGGCUUCUGGUCACAGACACGCGGGGACAAUCCUGCCCUGCUCCCCCUCCCGGGGCCUUCUGGUUGUUCUGGGCCCUUUGUGGCCUCUGUCAUUUCCUUCUUGGUGCUGGGCCUGGCUCAGCGUUGCUGGAUGAGCGUGCCCUGUGGUGUGUUCAGGCUGGGGCAGGGUUGUGCCUGGCUCAGAGGUGUUUAUCAGGAUGUGCAGCACAGCCUGUGGCUGCCCGGGCAGGCUGAGGGGAGCGAGGGCAAGGCCAUGGGCCAGCCCUGUGUGGGCACAGCCCCCCUCCAGCCCCUGUUGUUUGGUGGCUGGUUCCCACAGUGCCCCUCACUGGGCUUGCAGCAACCUGUGCCUCUUCCUGUGCUUUCUGGGCAGAAAUGUGCAUUAUUCGGGCUGUGCCCUGAGCUCUCCCAUUGAGAUUUCUCCCUCCGUGUCCUCAGUGCGCAGUCUGUGCCCAAAGCAGGGAGCAGCAGGGAGGGAAGGGCUGCCCCUGCCUGGGAGGGGGACAGGCACCUCCUGUGGGCUGUGUGGGGCUGUGCUGUGCGCCCUGGGGGUGCUGGCUGAGCCCCUUGUUGGGGACAGGCACCUCCUGUGGGCUGUGUGGGGCUGUGCUGUGCGCCCUGGGGGUGCUGGCUGAGCCCCUUGUUGGGGACAGGCACCUCCUGUGGGCUGUGUGGGGCUGUGCUGUGCGCCCUGGGGGUGCUGGCUGAGCCCCUUGUUGGGGACAGGCACCUCCUGUGGGCUGUGUGGGGCUGUGCUGUGCGCCCUGGGGGUGCUGGCUGAGCCCCUUGUUGGGGACAGGCACCUCCUGUGGGCUGUGUGGGGCUGUGCUGUGCGCCCUGGGGGUGCUGGCUGAGCCCCUUGUUGGGGACAGGCACCUCCUGUGGGCUGUGUGGGGCUGUGCUGUGCGCCCUGGGGGUGCUGGCUGAGCCCCUUGUUGGGGACAGGCACCUCCUGUGGGCUGUGUGGGGCUGUGCUGUGCGCCCUGGGGGUGCUGGCUGAGCCCCUCCCUGCAGAGACAGAGGAGACGCUGCUGCACCCCGUCCCCAGGAGAGCUCCUGGCUCGCUCCUGCUCUGGGGUGGAGCUGGGAGCCACCUCCCUGCAGAGAGCAGCACUGGCCUGGCUGCGCUCCCGAGGGAGCAGCCUGGGCUUCCCGCUGCUCACAGCUCCUGGUCAGGGACAUCCACGCCUGCGCCUGCCCGGGAAUCCCGGCUGCCCUAGUUUGGGAUCCAGCCACGAGACGGUGCUGCUGCAGCUGCAGGUGUUACCCAGUCCAGCUUGCUGAACCUCCAGCUCUGGCUGUGCUGUGUUCUCCCGUCCAGCUCUGGAGCUGAGAUGCUCCACUUGAUGGCUGCUCCAGUUCCUUCCAGCUCUGUUUUAAUAACUGCUGGUUUUUGUUACUAGCCAGUUUAAAAUUCCAGCUAAUUGCAGUUACCUGGGAUUUUGGCCAAGCUGUAAAUGACUCGCUGUCAUCAAUUGCACGUAACUAUUAACUGUCAUGAAGUUACUGUCUAAAUAGAAGCCAUAACUGAUGUAGUGGUUGUACACAAUAAACGGCUGGACGUGGAAAA